AAUGAACAUAAGACGGUGAAAAGAAAAUCUUGAACUAAAUGUUUAAUCAAGACAAUUCAUUUCAAUCAUUCCCACUAGUGUUAUAAAGUGUAUGUGACUUAUUUCCAGAUAUUUCUGGUAUAGAGCAAUGGAAGAAAGGCAUAUCCUAACUGACCAUCUCACAGAGCACAACGCCAGAGCUGCGGGUGACUGCACGGGCACUGUCCAGUAUGACCAGGCAACAAACAUGGCCUGGAAACUACAAGAGAAUCAGACCCAAGAACUGGUCAGAACGCUGGACAGUAGCUACGACGCAGAGCACAAAAGAUUUCGGGGGAUAUGUUUAGACAAGGGCAACGCCGUGUUCACUGACACACCUGUGGCGCCCCCUGCCUUCAGGAGGCAGUUAGAUCUCUGUACUGCUAGCUACGAGAGGCCGUGUCAGCAUCCCAUGUACAAGACAUCCAACAGCCAAUACGGCCUUCAGCCCCUGCUGGCCCACACGCCCAGCGAGUUUCACGCCCGCGACAUGCAGUUCACUACUCGCCAGGCCCUGGGCGGAAUGUAUGAGGAUUAUCACCUGACCACCGAGAUGGACAAAGAGAUUGUCUGAGGUCAAACUGACACCACGAUACCCCGUGAAUCUGAGCUUAAUCUUUGACUUCGGUCUCAAGUCGUGUUAUUUCCUUCGCCAGGAUGCUUAUAUAUUUCAACUUGGGUUUUAGUUCAAUACAAUUUCAAUCAAUUUUAUAUGUCUGGGUACUUUAUAUGUGCUAGUCUAUUUUUUGAAUAGUAUUUAUAAUUAAUCUUUUUUUUUAUUUGAAAGGAUUAUAUACCACAAUGUUUAAUAGAAGGGACUU